AAUAGCCUUUUCAUCCUGGCCCAACACUUGCUGGUGCAGAAGGAAGCUCCCAUUAUCCCUUACUUGUUACUUCUUAAUUUCAAAUAAGUAUGCUGGCUCUUCCUGAUCUACAAUGCCAAAAAAUAUGUAGUAAGUUUUCCUUCCAAAUGUGCAUGGCCAAGAGGAGAAAACCAGCCAGCAAACUGGGGUCAUCCUUUUGUAAAUAGCGUUAUCUUCGGUGGAUUAUGUCGACACGAUCUUUAAACUUUGUUGGGACCGUCAUAGAGAACAACUUGGCACAACCUUUGUCCGCCUCUUUCAGUGAAAAAAAAAAAGAAAAUUGCUGGAUUUUAUCAAGUCACUUGGAGCAACUUAAUAUUCACCCAUUUUCGAAAGCAACAUUGGUGGAGAAGAAAAGGCAAACACUCCAGCAAAGAUGGUGGGCCGUCAAAAACGCAAGAUAGAAAAGGAAGCCACGUCUCCUAAUUCCUACAAAUGCCAGCGAAAUACUUUGUGUGCGCCUGCUCCAUUUGCAGGUGAAACAAGCUGUCAGUGUAAAGCUCCUCAUGAGAAGCUAACUAUUGCUCAGGCCCGCCUUGGGACACCAGUGGACAGACCUGUCAGAGUCUAUGCAGAUGGAAUAUUUGAUCUUUUUCAUUCUGGUCAUGCUAGAGCACUUAUGCAAGCCAAAACUCUCUUCCCUAAUAGCUACUUGUUAGUAGGAGUUUGCAGUGAUGAUCUAACCCACAAGUUUAAAGGCUUCACUGUAAUGAAUGAAGCAGAGAGGUAUGAAGCCCUCAGACACUGCCGCUAUGUAGACGAAGUAAUCAGAGAUGCCCCAUGGACCCUCACGCCAGAGUUUUUGGAAAAACAUAAGAUUGAUUUUGUAGCUCAUGAUGACAUUCCAUAUUCCUCUGCUGGUUCAGAUGAUGUUUACAAGCACAUAAAGGAGGCAGGUAUGUUUGUACCUACACAGAGAACUGAAGGCAUCUCAACGUCAGAUAUUAUCACUAGAAUUGUGCGUGAUUACGAUGUCUAUGCCCGUCGCAACCUUCAGAGAGGAUAUACUGCUAAAGAGCUGAAUGUCAGUUUUAUUAACGAAAAGAAAUAUCGCUUUCAGAAUCAGGUAGACAAAAUGAAAGAGAAAGUAAAGAAUGUGGAAGAAAGAUCUAAAGAGUUUGUGAACCGAGUGGAAGAAAAAAGUCAUGAUCUCAUUCAGAAAUGGGAAGAGAAGUCUAGAGAAUUUAUUGGCAACUUUUUAGAGCUAUUCGGUCCAGACGGUGCUUGGAAACAAAUGUUUCAAGAAAGGAGCGGCCGAAUGCUGCAAGCCUUGUCUCCCAGGCAAAGCCCGACCAGCAGCCCAACUCGGGGACGGUCCCCAUCGCGGUCCCCGUCUCCCCCUUCCCCCUGGCUUUUGAGGAAAACUUCACCUCCAUCGUCUCCAAAAGCAGCUUCAGCAUCCAUCAGUAGCAUGAGCGAAGGAGACGAGGAUGAGAAGUAAGGACAAGGGAGAAACAGCCAUCAGAAAAAAAGAAAGGAAACGCACAACGUUUACUCAUUCACAAGUGAGUUGGGAGAAGAACGAAUAAAAAAAAGAUGCAUGAGAUAUUUAUGAAAAGGAAAAAGGGGCACAUACGGAAACUGAAGAAGUAAAGAUUUUAGCUACAGCACCAGUACUUGCUAAUAAGGGAGUUUCCAGAUUGACAACAUGCGAUGAAAAGAUAUGCAAAAAGACCCAAAACUAUUAUUGCUCAAUAUUUUUGAACACCUUCUGUGGUUGCCGCUGCUUAACCCACUCGAAUAGGUACAAGGAAUCUUGCAUUAGAGGGGAACCACUGCUUACCUGCUAAAAAGCUGGACUUUACUAGAAUGGGAGCACUCUCUGGGAGCAGCCAAUGCUUUCACAAUGUUUAAAAGAGGAGGAGGAAGAGAAACCCCAAAAUCAAACUGUGCCAGUAGAACUCAAACUCUCUGUCUUUCACAAUAAAUGUACCUUGGAUCUUUUGAGUUUGUUGAAUGUUGCUUGUUGAGCAGGCUUUUUGCUAAUAUAAAGCAAGGCUAUUUUAAUGUGGACAUGCUUUGCUUGAUGAACUCUUAACAUGUUUUCCUAGUGCCUCCAAAACGACUUUUUAUUUUCACGGUUCAGAGUUUUGUUAAGAAAACUGUACUUUCACUAUUGUUUCACAUGUUAGACAUUGUGUUCAUUAACCCACAGAUCAAACCUCAUGUCACGUUUUGUAUCCACAGAGUGGCUUUUAAAUUUGUUUUCACAGACAGACUUCAAGAAAAACAAACUUUAAAUUUCAAGUCUCAUGUGAUUAUCUGAAAUUCUGAACCAUUGUGGAGAAAUGUUUCAAUUUUGUAUAUAUACAAAGUGAACCAGGAGUAUUCCUCUAAAAGCAAAAGCAUUGUAUUAGAACUGGUUCUUCAUCACCAACAUUUGAAAUGGGACUUGUUUUAAGAGGUACUUUCUCAGUAAAUUACCUGUGCAACUUGCUUAGAAAUCUGAUAAAAUGUGUUUGAAGACCUCUCCAUUUUAGGGUCUAGGUAGCUACUUCUGCAGGGCAGAGAUCCACAGCAGUAGAUUCAGUCUGGGUUCCUUUUCUCCAUUACAGUAGCUCAUGUCACUGCAAUGUCUAUACCUAUCAUUGAUAUGUUAAAGUUGAACACGAACAACCCAGCUUAAAAAAUAAUCUCUAUGUAUGGAAAUGAUGGAAGUUGGGAUGUUUUUAGAACACUAUCACUUCAUCACUUCAGAACUGGUCUUUUAUGUAUGGCAUGUUAGCUAAGCAACAAUGGGCAUGAAUUCUUUUAUAGGUCCAUAGUACUGUUUGGUAACUUCAAAGAUCAAUUGCUAUUAAACUGCUAGGAGCAGGAAAGUUUCUCAUCACCUUCCUAGAUUCUUCCCUUCCUGAAAAAAGCAAAAUUACAAAAUGAAUACAAUAACCGAAAGGUCAGUGGUUCGAAUCCAGGGAGCGGGGUGAGCUCCUGCUGUUAGCCCACCUCCUGCCAACCUAGCAGUUAGAAAACAUGCAAAUGUGAGUAGAUCAAUAGGUACUGCUUCUGCGGGAAGGUAAUGGCGCUCCAUGCAGUCAUGCUGGCCACAUGACCUUGGAGAUGUCUACAGACAACAGCGGCUCUUUGGCUUAGAAAUGGAGAUGAGCACCAACCCCCCAACCCCUACCCCAGAGUCAGACACAACUGUCAAGGGGAAACUUUUACCUUUACCUUAUUUUAUCUGAAUAGUAUUGUGACCUAUGAAGCUGAACAUAGGCAUCCAGUCAUGCACGGCAGUUCUCAUGUUUGACAUCUUGGCUUAGAAAUUAGCAAGCUUGCCCUACAAAUGAAUUACCUGCUCCAUCUCUUCAGAAAGGUUGCUACAGAUAACCCUCUCCCAUGUCUAGCACACAUUCAUGUUAUUUAUUAUUGUAGACACUGAGCCUUCUAGACAAUUUUUAAAAAAACACUGGAAUUUCUAGGUUAUAGUACUGGUAAAUUAUAUUCAAUAGUUAACUGCUCUAAUCUGCCUAAAUCUCAGAUUUAGAAGUAUAAUGGAUCUGUCGGGAGUUAAGGCUGAAAUAAUAAUAAUCUAUUUGUAGCAGAGGAUACAAAUGUGAAACCAGUUAAAUGCUAAAAGCAGAAUGGGGUUGGCAUUCCAUAAAAAUACUUACCAGAUGUGAGAAUUGCAAACAUGUCCAUGUGUAGCUAUUUAUCUCAGGGCACUGAUGGUACUAUCUGUUCUUUGGGAACUCAUUCCCUUCAUCUGCAGAAUCAGAUAUUGAUAGGUUUCUUUAAACCAGUGGUUCUCAACCUAUGGGUUUGGCCUUCAACUCCCAGAAACCCUAACAGCUGGUAAAGUGGCUGGGAUUUCUAGGAGUUGUAGGCCAAAACACUUGGGGACCCACAGGUUGAGAACCACCAAGAUAUAUGGGUGCUUUUCCCCCAACAGUGUCAACAGCAGGCAUUGACAUGUUUAGCAAAUAUUUGCAUUUUAGUGCCUAUAAGCAAUUGCAAUUUAAUUUAAUAUAUGUACUGUCUAUGGGGUUGUUGGCAGAAAUAGAGCCAGAGUACUGGUACUAAAACCAUUGAUGCUUCUUUUUCUUUUGUAUUUAACAAUUAAGUAAGCCUUUAAAAAUAAUUACCCAUUCUAGCUUGCUGUGUCUAGUCCGUUCUUCCAAGGACCCUGAAGUUUCAAAAUUCCAAAAGCAUAUCCUCCAUUGGUCAGGAAAGCACCUCAAGUUAGGUAACCUCUUCUCACUAAACCUGCAGAAGGCAUCACAAAUUUAGCUCAGGUUAGCUGCAGUAAAGAGCUAUUCUGAGCCAAGUCUUAUGUAUAUUACACUUCCUUCUCCUUAAUAAUUAACUGAGGCCAAUAUCUAAUGGUCCCAACCAGAAUACAGCCAUUGAAACAACAGGAACUUAGUGAGACAGCCAUUGAAUCAGUGUCUACUCCAGUUGAGAUUAGUACUCUCUACAUAGAUUUAGCCCUAGAUUGGCCCUAGACUCACAAGAAUUAUGUCUUUCCUCAAGGAAGGGUUCUGCAACACAAUUAAAAGGCCGUGUUAUAGUUUUUAAACAAUGUUCUGUCCUUGUUUCUUGUCCAUUGGAUUUUUUGGGGGGGCUUAUAGAAGUGGUUCUCAACCAGUGGGUCCCCAGAUGUUUGGGCCUACAACUCUCAGAAAUCCCAGCCAGUUUACCAGCUGUUAUGAUUUCUGGGAAUUGAAGGCCAAAACAUCUAGGGACCCACAGGUUGAGAACCACUGGUUUAUAGCAUUUAGUAGCAUACAUGACUUGUCAACAAAUGUUGUCCCAAGAAAACAAAGACAGUUUUUGUCCUAUCCUCUUGAGACAAAUCCAAGCUGCUUCUGAAAUAACAAAUUAACUACAUCACCACAUAUAGAGCAUUUUCAUUAUUAGUAAUGCAUUAGAGAAAAGUAGAAUUAAAAUCUGCUGUUGAUCAAGCCUCCGCUGUGUUUUAAUCACAUUGCUAGAUAGAUUAUUGUUUGUCUUUCAUAUUUGUGCAAAACUCUAUCAGAUCAUGGAGGUAUCUGACAAUUCUUCAUUGGUGCUAUUCAGCAAGAGGAAAUACUGUACUUAUUUUAGCAGGAAAAGCUAAAGUAAUUAAAUUUCAAGGAAAGAAUAAAACCAAGGCAGAAACACCGCCAUUUGA